AUGGCAAAAAAGAAAAUAGAAAGCAGUGAUGAAAGUAGUAGUAGUAGUGAUGAAAGCAGCAGCAGUAUUGAAGUAAAAAAGAAUAAAAACAAAAAACCAGAAACUAAAAUAAAUUCAUCAAAAAGAAAACAUGAAUCAUCUUCUUCAGAAUCUGAAGUAGACUCUAAAAAAUCAAAAUCAACCUCACACAAACUUUCAAAACUUUCAAAAAAACAAAGUGAAAGUGAAAGUGAAAGUAGUAGCAGUGAAAGUGAAAGUGAAAGUGAAAAGAGUAGCAGUAGUGAAAGUGAAAGUGAAAGUGAAAGUGAAAAUAGUAGCAGUAGUGAAAGUGAAAGUGAAAGUGAAAGUGAAAAAAACCAAGAUAAAAAAAAGAUAAAUAAAAGUGAUAGCGAAAGCGAAACUGAUAGUGAUAGCGAAAGCGAAGCUGACAGUGAUAAAAAAAAAAAAGAAAGUGAUAGUAGUGAUAGUAGUGAUAGUGAAAGUAGUGACAGUGAUAAAGAAACUGAAAAUAAAGAUAAAAAUAAAACCAAUAAAAAAGAAAGCAGUAGUAGUGAUGAAAGUGAUAACAACUCAUCUGCUGAAAGUUCAAGUGAGGAAGAAGAGGAAGAUGAAGAGGAAGUAGAUAAAGUUUUAAUGGAUAUUGAUACAAAAACUAAAAAAAGUCAAAAGGGUCAAAAAGAAAAUGAAGAUGAUGAAGAAGAAGAAGAAGGGGAUAUAAUUAAAAGUACAAAAGAUUUAUUAAAUUUAUUAGUUAAUAAUAAUAAUAGUAGUAUAACAUCAUCAUUAAAUUACCCAAAUAAGAAAAGAAUCUCAAAGAAAACUGAACAAGAAAAAGAUUACUUUAUUGACAAAUCUUCAAUUCUCUCAACUAGAUUAUUAUUAUUAUUAAGAAAAACUUUAUCAUUACAAACUGAUAAUAAAUUCUCAUUAUCAACAUUAUUCAAUCAGUUAUCAUUUAAUCAAUCUUCCUCCUCUUCCUCCUCCACCUCAAACACAAUUUCAACAUACAGUGAUUUAACACUUUGGAAAGAUAUUCAAAAAAAUAAUCAAAAUAUAAUAAAUCAAACUGAUCAACAAAUAAAACUAAAUGAUAAGAAAUCAACAAAUAAAUCUGAUGAAAACAAUAUAAACAAUAAUAAUAAUAAUAAUAAUAAUAAGAUAAACAAAAGUUUUAGAGACUUUUAUGUAGAUAGAAUGACAAAUCAAUUUGGUGAUGAUUUAGAUAAAUUAAGAGAUGACCCAUAUUAUAAAGAUAGUAUGUUAACUAUGAUUUUAGAAAGUAUGGAAUCUGGUAUCGAUUUAUAUACAACUCAAGAUAAAUUAUUAUUAUUAAAAUCAAAUAAUAAUAAUAAACAAACAAAUAAAUAA